CGGAAGUAAUCGUCGGGAAAUUCUUCGUAUUAUAUAAUGCUUUAUCUUAUACCGACAAGCUUCAUUUGAUAAGUACAAGUUGGAAGCACUGCGAUGCAGUAAAGAUAAUGGAAAACCCAUUUGAAGUUCCUGCUUCGAAAGGAAUGUGGCCAGCUUGGGGGUUAAUCAUGACAUUCGUGGGAAAGGCAGCGAAUUUCUGCCAUUGCCUGCGAUUGGUGGUGACAUGCGAUGGUUGAGGAAUGGAACCCUGGUAUUUGGUUCCCUGGAGGAGUUCCACGCCGGCUCGUAUUUGUGUGAGGCUUCCAAUGGCGUCGGGCUGGACAUAAGUGCCACCGUCAGCGUCGUUGUCCAUCGUCAGCCGAGAUUUGCAAGCAAAGUUGCUCGACAACGGGGUCGGGUCGGCGAGACAGCGGAAUUAUCUUGCGAAGCCGAGGGAGACGACCCAAUAUCCUUUUCCUGGCUCAAGGACGAAGUUCCUGUGUCUUCGAUCGACGGAUUACGCGUGGAAAUCACGGAGACGGCGACGGAGAAAGGAUCGAAAUCUGAGCUGAAACUUCAUUCCUUGAGGGAUUUCCACGCCGGCGAAUACAAGUGUUCUGCCAAAAAUGCUUUCGGAGUGGAUCAAAGGGUCAUUCGUUUGUCUGUGAUUGCUGUGCCUGAGGUGCCAAGAAAUCUUCGCCCGACGGUGAUUUCAUCCAGACUGGUUGGGCUCACCUGGGAUGCUUCACGGAACAUCAGUUCAUCCGCUUCAAAUUAUGUCGUAAUUUUCCGGAAAUCCACCGAAACCUGGGACGACAGCAGGAGAGACGUCGAGGUCCACGGACACCGCAACAAUGUCGACGUCGGCGAUUUGUUGCCAGGCACCGAAUACCGCUUCAAAAUCGCCGCCGAAAACGAAGUCGGUCGCAGCAAAUUCAGCCUCGAAAUCACCGCCGUAACGGACGAAGAGCCGCCCGAUGCCGCCCCAGCAAACAUUUCCGCCUUCGCCGCCAGUUCUUCCGAAAUCGCCGUCAGUUGGUCAGCACCGCCGCCUCGGGCACGGAACGGGAAACUCACGGGUUUGUUCCAGCCCCAAGCCGGCUGCUUGCCGCCCUACUCCCGCCUGAAACUGGUUUCACGUAGGUUUCAGGGCUUGAAACCCUUCUCCGUGUACGAGGUCGUGGUCGUGGCUGCGAAUGCCCGAGGCCCGGGUCCUUUUUCUCCACCGGUGCUCGUGACUACGAGAGAAGCAAGCAGGAUAAUUUCCAGCUGGUUCGACACAGCAGCCCGCGAAAUCGACAUCCCGGACUUGAUGAAGUUCUCUAAUUACUCCUUCCGCGUGCUCGCCUUCAACAAAGAGGGCGACGGGCCACUUGGUGCGCCGCACUUCUGCAUGACUGCAGAAGACGGAUCUGACUCUUGUUCGGUGUCGUCCACUGAAAGUUGGAAGAUUGUCCCUGCAAGUGCAACACUGGCAUGGCGACACGUGACUGUCGAAGUGCCGGUGUUGAAGAAGACUGUGGUUCGACUGAAGGAGGAUGUCAGCCCACCGAAUUACAAACAAGCUGUUCGCCUA